AUGAGUGCGCCCGAUGAGUAUCGUGGACCCAAGUUUGUUGGUAUCAUGGGACACGAUAAUGUGAGCCAUAAUGGCAGUAAGACUACUGUCUAUUUCGUUCAGGUACAAACACCUGACGGUAUGUUUAUUGUCCGACAUCGUUAUCAUGAAUUUAAAGACUUUUACGAUAAGUUAACGGGUGAAGGUUAUCGUUGUCCAGCAUUACCGCCAAAGAAAUUUUUGGGUAAUAACAAUAAGGAAUUUAUUGAAAAACGACAACAGGAGUUGGCCAAUUGGUUACAUUUACUGUGUCAAUUUGAUCCAGCGUCGGGUACCUCCGAUCCUCGCACAUCGGAGUUUUUCAAGGAAUUUAUGCUGACUAAUAAAGAGCCUAUGGAGAAAUACCAGGGAGUUAAAGCUAUUUCAUGUGAUGCUACACCCCCUACAUCUCAAUCCUCCGAGGCUGAUAGCGAGACGGGUUUAUACAAUACACCAAAAACCACACUGGAUGAUUUUGAGUUGCUUAAGUUUGAGCCAAACAUGGCCCGAUACUACUGUGCUGAAAUCACAUUGGCGCUUGAGCACUUGCAUGACUUGGGUGUUGUCUACCGGGACCUGAAGCCGGAAAAUAUUUUGUUUGAUCCCGUCGGCCAUGUUUUGCUUGCCGAUUUCGGGCUUGCUAAGGAGGGUAUUACUGAUGGCGCUGAGGGCACCAACUCCAUGUGCGGUACACCGGAGUAUUUGCCGCCUGAGAUUCUGGACCGUGAUCUCUAUGACCGGAAGAUCCCGCCUCCGUUCAACCCUUGUGCUACUGCCGGCAACGCCGAGGAGACAAAGAAUUUCGAGGCAGAAUUUACCAAGAUGCAGAUCAACAGCGUGGAAAACUCUGCUUUGGGCAGUUUGCGCGUUUCAGACGCUUCACGCCCUUCGAUGACGUUUCAGGGCUUUACGUACAACACGCCUAAUGAUCUGUCCAUGAGCGGUUCUGUCGGCCGGGGCUAA